AGUAAACGUUCCUCCUGAGCAUACACGUGAUUCUCCGUGUCUUUAUUAAUGAUCGUUAGGGUGCUAACGUAACAGUAGAUGAUCAGAGUAAAGUUGUAAAGACGUCAGCGCUGAGUUGAGUUUUCCCUCUGUGACUCUUGGAUGUGUGUAAGAUGGCCGGGUUUAAGGAUCUUAAAGAGUUAUUCAGUCGACGGCUGCUCGCUGCGGUUAUCAGAGAUAUAACAGAAGAAAGAACAACAAGUGGAUACGAAGAGGAGCUCCACCGACAAAGAAAACUGCUCGAUGUGAUUUUAACUCCUGAAAUCAAGCUACAGAGAACAGAUGUCCAGCAGCUGUUGGUGAGUAAAGAAGAGCUUCCACCUGAGCAGCAGGAGUGGAGCCACAUUCUGGACCAGGAGGACACUAAGCCCCAACACAUUAAAGAAGAACAUGAGGAACUGUGGAUCAGUCAGGAGGAAGAACAGCUUCAAGGACUGGAGGAGGCUGAUACCACCAAGUUCCCCUUCACUCCUGUUUCUGUGAAGAGUGAAGAUGAAGAGAAACCUCAGUCCUCACAGCUUCAUCAGAGACAAACUGAACAGAUGGAAACAGGAGUUGAUGGAGAGGACUGUGGAGGAGCAGAACCAGAGAGAGACUCAGAUCCAGAGAGACGUUCCCAACCAGAGACUGAGGUCGAGACUGAAGACUCUUAUGAACCUGAGACUGAUGACAGUGAUGAUUGGCAAGAGACAAGAGAAGAUCUGUCAGAAUUAAACUUGAAAAAUAAGAAACUAAAGACUGGUAAGAGACCACACAGGUGCUCAGUGUGUGGUAAAAGAUUUAACCGAAAAGGGAAUCUGACCACACACAUGUUAGUUCACACAGGAGAGAAACCCUACAGCUGCUCUGUUUGCAGUAAAAGUUUUACCCAAAGAGGAAGUCUGACCACACACAUGUUAGUUCAUACAGGAGAGAAACCCUUCAGCUGCUCUGUUUGCAUUAAAAGCUUUACCGUAAGACAACACCUGACCAAACACAUGUUAGUUCAUACAGGAGAGAAAGCUUUCAGCUGCUCUGUUUGCAGUAAAAGCUUUACCCAAAGAGGAAGUCUGACCACACACAUAUUAGUUCAUACAGGAGAGAAACCCUUCAGCUGUUCUGUUUGCAGUAAAACCUUUACCCAAAGAGGAAAUCUAACCACACACAUGUUAGUUCAUAAAGGAGAGAAACCCUUCAGCUGCUCUAUUUGCAGUAAAAGCUUUACCCGAAGAGGAAGUCUGACCAGACACAUGAUGAUUCACACAGGAGAGAAAUGCUAAUCCUGUGCAAUGGUAAAACUGAUCCAAAAGAUUCCAAGUUAACAACAUCACUAAUGUGUAUUCAUAAGUAUGUAUUGACUAACAGAUGUAUAACUGUUGUUAUGAAGGGAUAUAAGACAAUUCUAUUCACAGGAAUCUGUCUGUACUUUUUUGACAUUGAUGUUUUGUUGCUGACAUAUGAACCAGUAAAUUGGGAUCAGCUAUGACGUUUGAAUUUAAAGUGUUUAUAUUGUUGAAAGAUCAGAAAGAGUUAUGUAAUUGUUGAAUUUGUUUUCAUCAUAUAUUUACUUUUUCUUUUGUUAUCACUUAAUCUUUUCAUCAUAUUCAUUCGUAUGUCAUAUAGUCGCUACGACUUUUGGUUUUUGGCUUUUAUAUUUCCUGUCAAUCCUACGCACCUGUGAGGUCAGGAUAAGUGUGCCAGACUUUGAGCAAAACCACAUACGAGCUUGUAGGUGUAUAGCGUUUCUUCGUACCUGCCUGGUUCACGGUCUUCGAGCCAAAACCACAUAUGAACUUAGUAUCACCUGUGUUAUCUUGUCUGCUAUGACAUCAAAACCACAUAUGAACUUAGUAUGACCUGUGGAUGUAUCACGUUUCUGCGAAUCUGCAUUGUUGAGGUUUUACAGAAUAUUGGAAAAAAGAGACCGUCUGGCUAUGAAAACGCUGUGGAAAAGCUGAUCGGGGUUCUUUUUUACUUUUCUAAAGGACUCCAUGUCACUCUGACUUUUGAAUCCCCAUUUUGGGACUUAGUCUCUAAGACCAUGAUCUUUUAAAACCUCAAGUGUCUACACUGUGUCUACACUCUCGGGUUUAGACUUUGGUCUUUGUGUUUUGCUUUUCUUUUUACAUUUUUAUAUUUUUACUUUUACUGUUUUGUAUUUGCAUUUGGAAUAUCAUUUGAUGUUUUUUAAUACAUUUUCAGAAACUU